GCCAAAGGUUGGCGCGUUAUGAACAGUCAUCAGUUCGGUUACAUUGUAGGUGGUUCGGGAACCGGAAGAUGUGUGGCUUUUCAGCUCGUCGCCUAAAUGACGAGCGCCGAAAUGGCCCUCUCUUUUGUCUUACAUCAUGAUUUCAGUGGCCUGCACGCGCACGUGAUGAUCCUGUGACAUCAGUCAUCAUGGUCAUCAGUGGUCGAGUCGAUCGAAGAACAUUUGCCAAGAUUUGGCAAGAUUUGUUGGGGGAAAAGGUGUGUAUGUGUUGCAAUUGCACUCGCUUUUGGAUUACUAGUAUUUAGUCUAGUACUGUAGCUGGACUACUUUUCACUUUGUCGUGGAAACCUGCAGUGUUUUCGCGGUGGACGUUGCUUGAGCAAUGAAGUCCUCAGCCGUAACAAUGGCAUCCUCUCUCGCAAUGCUUCUGCUGGCCGUCAGUGUGGCAUACACCGCCGCCACUGAUGUCAGCACUGAAACGUUAAGCUUUGUUGUCAUCGGUGAUUGGGGUGGUAUCCCGUUUUACCCAUACACCACUUUGGCGGAAACGAGAAUUGCCAAGGCCAUGGGUGACGUCGGUGCAAACAUCCAUUCAAACUUUUCCGUGGCACUAGGUGACAAUUUCUAUUUCACUGGUGUCAAAGACGUCAACGAUGCUCGAUUCAAGGAAACAUUUGAGCGUGUAUUCACCGCACCGUCCCUGAUGUCGCGAUGGUACGUGCUGGCUGGAAACCAUGAUCACUAUGGGAACGUCACAGCCCAGGUGGAGUACACUCAUCUGAGCAAUCGCUGGUACUUUCCCCAGCUGUACUACACACAGACGAUGAAUGUCGGCACUGAUGCUACUCUGCAACUUGUCAUGAUCGACACUGUGUCACUGGCUGGCUUGUCAGACAUGUUCGGACGCAAUGUCCCGUAUCAACCUAUUGCAGCACAGGACGAAGUCGACAAGCAGCUUGCCUGGCUUGAAGCCACACUGGCGGCGUCCGAGGCCACCUGGUUGCUUGUAUGUGGCCACUAUCCAGUAUGGUCUGUUGGAGAGCAUGGGCCGACCAGUUUCAUGGUUGAAAAUAUCAAGCCACUUCUGGAAAAGUACAGAGUAACUGCAUAUUUGAAUGGACAUGACCAUAGUAUGCAGCACAUUCGUCCUAGCAAUCAGUCAGUGGAUUAUUUCACCAUCGGUGCUGGACAUCUGACAGAUGACUCCACUAAACACAAGGGCGACGUCCCGGCUGGUUCACUGCGCUAUCAUUAUGCUCCGUUUGACAUUAUCGCCUCGGACGGCGGCUUUGCUUCAUUCAGCGUCUCGGCACAAUCGAUGAUUGUAACUUACUACGAUGCACAUGGCAAGGAGCUCUAUCAUUAUGAAAACGCAUCUCCCCGUACUCGCUGAGAACCAUGCCAUCUACAACCAGUGAUGGGAUUAUGCUUGAGUACUUGGUAUUUACCUUAUCACUUUAUAAUGAGAUUAUCCGAGCUUGAGUUGUAGCUUUCACUACCGCUACGAGCCAGAGGCAGACCGUUGCCUCAGUUGCCACUAACACACAGCCUGGCAGUAUGUCAAUAUGCCGUGUGGUGACAACUGCUUCACUCGAGCAAAGCAUGUGACACAUGGGAAAUUUCACUCUCCGCUAUGAACUUGAAUACGGCUUUUUACCCAUUGACUGCAACGUCACUGGGUUUUUUCAUGGCUCGUUAUAUGCCGUGGUGUUGGCGAUUUUCUAGUCUCUAGUCUUGCCCAGGAGAAUACUGUGCUAUUGAUCCAGUCAUCCUUUCGUUCAGAACAGGUUUUCUACUUCGAAGUAUAAUUAUUGGUAAAUUACGCUGAUUUUGUAUGUUGCUGCUCUGCCACCUGGCAGGAUAUGCUCUAUCGGAGUAUCCUUCUUUCUCUCUUCUUCUUUUCUUCUUGGUCUUUCUUCUUUUUUUUGCAUUGACAAAUCCCAGCAGUGGCUCCUACCCUGAUUGGAUGAUCAUGAGUAUAGCUGUGCUGACAGCACAAUGCUGCUGCUACCUAAUGAUUGGACAUUGUCCUGCACUGUGA